GUCUCGUAGAUUUUUAGCGUAAAAUAUACGAUUCCAUGGGUCUGAGAGCUCCUUCCUUCGACUUUUUACUGCACAUAAUCCCACUUUUGUAAUCAUUUGGAUAGAUACGCAAUCGAAAGUAUUCAGAUGUAUUUGCUCUGCCUCUUUUAUGCCCUCCUUAUGGUAUUAGUAGUAUCUACUGAUGGAGAAAUAAUGAAGAUAACAAAUGGACGAGUGAAUACUGGGCUCGACACUCCUAAAGUGAAAUCCGAAGUCGCCAAGGAGUGCAGGACAGAGUGUAAAACAGCAAAAACGGUCACCUGCUACGUUCAGUGCAAGCCUAUAGACACAGCAAAGUGGUUUGCAAUGCUUUGUGCACUACUGCUCUGUUCAAUUGCAAUCCAAGGAGCGAUAGCAGCCACAUGCAAACUUCCCGCUGCACUAAUUGAAGCAGCGACGACGGCUCAUAAUGAUCUCCGAGCACAAGUUGCUAAACGUGCUUUGGAUAAGGAGAUUUACGGAGAACUGCCAGGAACAAAGAGUCUUUUCAAGUUGGAGUAUGAUUGUACCAAUGAAGGAUUUGCACUGUCAACCAUUGGAAAAGAUUGCAAACACUCAUCAAUCUACAUGAGCGUGAUAGGAAGAGGAGAAAACUUUAUAACAUACAGAGCAGAAAGCAAGCCUGGUAACAAAAAGCUUGCUGAGAUGCUCAAAUGGGCUGUCGAAGAUUGGAGUGAGACUGUCGAAAGUCCUCUGAGCGCGGACGUCAUGUACACAGAUACAUCCAUAGAACCUUUUGCUAAUAUGAUCUAUAACAAGACGUUGAAAUUCGGGUGCUCUUACCAAUUCUGUGAGUCCAACGGCAAAGUUGCUAUCGCGUGUGUAUACGAGAACAAGCCGCAGCUAAAUGAACCGUUGUACUCGGCAGACUCAACGGGCAAGAAAGGAUGUACUAAGAAUAGUCCGUGUAACAAAGUCAUCAAAGGCGCUGUUUGUGAAACAGCUGAUAACACCGUUGGCCCUCUUUGCCAGAGAGAACCUUCCACCACAACAGCCGCUCCAACAACUACAACAACGGAAGAACCAUUUAUCUGGACUUGGAUACCAUGGUACCCUGAUUAUUGAAAGCACAAGCUCAAAACAAAAUUUAUGAGUCAUCAAAGAAGAUCCAACUAAUUAAUGGUUUUUAUCCCCAUCAUAACUACCUUGGAAUAAAUGUAUUCCCCAAUAAAAAUUCGAAGCAAC